AUGUCUUCUCGCUCCGCCACCCCUGCCUCGACGCCUUUGCUCGUCAACCGCCGCCUCGCCUCCUUGCUCGUGGUUCUCGAGGCUCUGCCAACCGCCGACGCCGCGCUCGACGUGGUCAAAGAGUGGGCGCAAGAUUUGUCGCCGCUCGUCCUCGCCUAUCGCAAGGCCCUAGGCGCCAUCCGCAACGAGGAGACGGAGUUGCGCGUUGCCGCCGCCGUCAAACAGCUCGCUGAGCGGGCGUUGGAGUCGUGGGUCGAGUGGGCGCGUGGCGACUGGCCCAAACUCGCGACCGCCAUCGACGCCGAGAAGCGUCUCGCCGAGGAGGAAGCACGACACGUCGAAGAGGCCGCAAAGCGUGUGAAGGCCGCCGAGGACCGUCGCCUCGAAGACAAACGGCGUCGAAAGGAUGAAGAGGACCGUUGGAGGCAGGCUGCCAAAGACGAGCAUUGUGCACAAGAGGCUGCUGACGAGGAGUUGGCAAAGAUUGCGGCCGCCGAGGGACUUCUUGACAAGGGGAAAGGGUGCGCGAGAGUCGACGAGGAGGUCGCCGAGUUGUCGGAUGACCCUUCGCUUAAGACUCCUCGGACGGUCGAUCGCCUGUUCGCGAUGACAGAGCUCGACAUGGCCGCUGCUGCGCUUGUGAAGCGCCAGGCUGGACAGAAGUGUGAUCGUUGCGCCGGCUACCGCUCAGCCCCGGUCGAAUGCGUGUGGGUCGAGAACACUAUGACCUGCGAGAGGUGCGUGCAGUUCCAACAGGGCUGCUACUUCGACAAGGUAUCCGUGCUUGGGAAGACGAAGAAAACGCGCGGCGGGGGUUCAACCACAAAAAAGCGCAUUCGGCCGACCUCUUCUGUGCCUUCGGCCGUGGAUUCGAGUGGUUCGAAGAAGCGUCACGUCGACGAGCCUCCACGCCCCCUGUUACAACUGCCUCUCAAUGGGGCCAGCCGCCUUGGCCUUGAACAGGACGACCUCGACGUGCUUGACCUCGACGACGAAUCUUGGGGGAUCAUUCAUGUCAUCCGCGAGGAGCGUGCUCAUAUCGCUCGCCAUCGAGCGCUCCUCCACAACAUGGACCUCGACCUCCAGAAGAUGGAGAAGGCCGUGCUUGCGAAGGGAGGAAUCGGGUUUGUGUGCGGGGCUGUCGACAAUGACUAG